AUGCAAAUCACAAUUGUCGGCUCGCUCAACUACGAUCUUGUCACCAUCUCCAACAGACUCCCCAACGCUGGGGAGACCAUGUUCUCCCAGGGCUUUGAGACCCACUGCGGAGGUAAGGGAGCCAACCAGGCUCUUGCUACUGCCAGACUCUCUUCCAAGGUCCCUGAUGUGAACGUCAAGAUGUACGGAAAGGUCGGCAAAGACAACUUCGGUACUCAGUUGAAAAACAACCUCAAGGAUUCUGGCGUGGACGUGUCUGCCAUCCACGAGCUCGACACCAAGUCUGGAGUGGCUGUCAUCUUUGUGGAUCAAGACUCUGGAGAGAACCGAAUCAUGGUCUACGCCGGAGCCAACGGCGAGUGGACUGAGGCCGAUCUCACUGACGAUCUCUUCGACACAGACAUGCUCAUCUUCCAGAACGAGAUCCCCAUCGACAUCGUCUACAAGGCCAUCGAGAAGGCUGGAUCUAAGAAGCCCAAAGUGGUCUACAACCCCAGUCCUGUGGACGAGCGAGGUAACAUCCCCGCCGCCGUUCUCAACAGCAUAGAUUUCCUCGUGGUCAAUGUGACGGAAGCCACUCUCAUCUCUGGCGUCGAAAUCAACGAGGAGGCAUCGAAGGAGGAGAUCUGGAAACAAGCUGACCAAGCUGCGGAUACCCUGUUCAAGAUGGGAAUCAAGGAGGCCGUUGUUGUCACUCUGGGAGGUAACGGUGUCAUUUACAAGACCAAGACUGAUUCUGGACAUGUUCCUUCUAACAAGGUCGAGAAGAUUGUCGAUACUACUGGUGCUGGAGACACUUUCCUUGGAGGUUUCUCCACUAGCAUUAUCCAGGGAAAGACAGUCUCCGAGGCCAUUGCUUUCGGAAACAAGGCUGGUGGUAUUGCUGUCACUCGACGAGGUGCUGCUGAGGGUAUCCCUUACGAUCAUGAGCUUUAA